GUGUCAACAGCAGAUUCUCCAUACUCCCAUCCUUAUUCCUUACGCCCUCCGUCCUGCGUUUUCCCAUUCAAGAAUUUCCGUUAUUGUCUCUACACACACACACACACGCACUCACUCACUCACACUUUCCACUCUCCAUUUCUCUCUCUACCUCCCAUCCUCACAAUAUCACUCUCAAAGCAACACUUUACACUGUACCGUGUUCUCCUCACUCUCAACUCUCAGCUACCUCUCCCUAUCACUCCCACACUUACAUGGUCGUGAGCGCGCGGCAUCCUCCAUUGUUUUAUUCAAAGAACCUCCCGUGAAAGUGUAUAGAGGGAUGGAGAUCUGAUUUAAGUGAAAGAAACUGAUGGCAAUAGUGGACAAGUCUGUUGCCUCUUGAUUCAGGUAAUCCCCCUCCGGUUUCUUGCUGUUUGCAUUGACCCUUUAUGCUGCAAGGCUGUAAAGUUGUGGCCUUUGCACCAGAAAUCAAGGGUUUCAAGAAAAAGAUGGUAACUUUGUCACUGCCUCCCUCAGUAAUUGACAGUUCCCAGUGUUUUCAAAGUAUGUUCUAAUUCAGAUUUUUUUCCCCUGGUUUUUGCAUGAGUAGCAAUGAAUUUUGAAUUUUUGGGGUUAAAGUUGGUCAAUAGUUUUCUGGGUCAUCAUUGGACAUGAGUUUGUAGUUACAAUAUAUGCUAAGUAGUGUAGUAAUAGUAUGUUUGGGGAUUUCCGAAAGGUGAAUCUUUGAUGACUUGGGGGUUUCUUGUUUCCUAUUGAGAAGCUAUUAAUAUUUGUUUUGGUGAAUUGGAAGUUCUUUCAAGUUUAGAAUAGUGAUUUGGUUAAUGAGAAGAUCUGGGACAGAAGAGAAUGUUGAUUUUCCUGAUUUCUAGUAUUGAUUCUAGAGAAUUUCCAAUUUUGGAUCAACUUGUGUGCUGGUGAUCAUGACCAAGGCUGUUCGAAACCGCAUACUUAAAGAUGUAAAUGGUAACAUUAAUGAUCACCUCCGGAACCACAUACAUUUGACAAAUUGUAUUCAUUUAAAGAAUCAUAUGCAUAAGCAGAGUCCCAUCUUGGGUGAUAGGUCUCUUAUGAGGGACCUUGCUGCCCUUCGGAGAUCGAGGUCCUUGAGGGAUCCUUCUGCAAGCCCGCCCUCGUGGCAUUCCCCUUCGGUUGUGGAAGCCCCUCCCGUCGUAGCAGCUGAAGGGGGUGCGGAGACUAGACAGUCUGUAGGAUUGGAGAUUCCGAGGGAUGGUAGAGGGUUAUCUGAAACCUUACCGCCUAUAGCUGACCUAUCUACUUCAAAAGUGGGCAGUGGUGAAGUUAACAGGCGGAAUAUUGGUGGGAUAGUAGUUGGAAGUGAGUGCAGUAACAAGAGUGGAAAUCGAGAACCGAGAAGGGUCAGGAGAGAAGAAUCAAGUGGGAGGAAUCUCGGGACUGAUCUUGUUGCUGGAGGAAAUGGGCUUCGAGAUGAUUCGCAUGGGCAAGAUGAUCGUGUGAAGACUUUAUCUGAAAAACUGAACGAAUUCUCUUUGGACAGUGAUGAGGUGGCUUCAUCGCAGGUUCGUGUUCACGGGAGACAUGGCCACAGCAAGAAAAUUUCAAAGAGAGGGGAAGCGUCCAUUAGCGGGCACCACAGUGGGAGGGUAAAACAACGUAAACUUAAUGGUGCAAGGAGAUCCCGCGCUUCUGUUGCUUCCAGAGAUGCAUUUGGUGAGAACGAAAUGUCUGUGGCUUCUAAUUCUUUUGGUCAGAAUACGUCAAACCAGAGAUAUCAAGUAGAACAUGGGGACGAAGAAUAUGGCCACCAGAAUGUCACUCGGGCUCCUAGGAAUGGAUGUGGGAUUCCUUGGAACUGGUCGAGAAUUCACAAUCGGGGAAAAUCUUUUCUCGAUUUGGCAGGUAAGAGUUUGUAUUGUGGGCUGUCUGAGUCGAGGUUAAAGAAAACUGGCACUGCUCAAGUGAGGGACAGUCGAAAUAUCCCUAUGAUGUCUGAAUACUCGAGUUCAUCUUGUAAAUCUGCAGAAGCAUUGCCUUUACUACUCGAUCCUUCUGGCUCCCAAGAAAGCGCUGAAAACGCUGCUUGGUUUCACGAUUAUUCGGGAGAAUUGGGUAUCUUUGCUGACAAUCUACUUAACCGUGAAAUUGACUCUGAUCUUGCUUCAGAAGCUAGAUUUGGCGGGCACCGUAAUUUUCGUGGUCAUGGUAAUGUGAGGCACCGAAGUCUUACUCAAAAAUACACGCCGAGAACCUUUAGAGAUCUGGUGGGGCAGAAUUUGGUCGUGCAAGCUCUUUCUAAUGCUGUUGCAAAGAGAAAAGUUGGAUUGCUUUACGUGUUCUACGGGCCUAAUGGUACCGGGAAGACUUCGUGUGCACGAAUAUUUGCUAGGGCUUUGAAUUGCCAGUCUCUCGAGCAUCCCAAGCCUUGUGGAGCUUGCAAUUCUUGCGUUUCACACGAUAUGGGGAAAAGUCGAAAUAUAAGAGAAAUAGGCCCUGUCAGUAAUUUUGAUUUCGAGAAUAUUAUGGACCUUCUCGACACUAUGAUCAUUUCCCAUUUUCCAUCUCAGUAUAGAAUUUUUAUCUUUGAUGAUUGCGAUGAUUUGCCUCCCGAUUGUUGGAGUGCUAUUCUAAAGGUUAUCGAUCGGGCUCCUAGGCGAGUUCUUUUUGUCCUCGUUUGUUCAAGCCUAGAUACAUUGCCUCAUAUAAUCAUAUCGAGGUGCCAAAAGUUCUUUUUCCCAAAGUUGAAAGAUGCGGAUAUAAUCUAUACGUUGCAACGGAUUUCUACCAAAGAAGAUCUAGAAAUCGAUAAGGAUGCGUUAAAGCUUAUUUCAACAAGAUCGGAUGGAUCGUUGAGGGAUGCUGAGAUGACUCUCGAGCAGUUGAGUUUGCUCGGGCAGAGAAUCUCGGUUUCGUUGGUACAAGAACUGGUUGGGCUUAUUUCGGACGAGAAAUUGGUCGAUCUACUUGACCUGGCCUUAUCAGCAGACACUGUCAAUACUGUGAAAAGUCUGCGGGAGAUAAUGGAAUCCGGUGUCGAGCCCUUGGCUUUAAUGUCGCAACUUGCUACCGUUAUUACCGACAUUCUUGCCGGUAGCUAUGACUUCACAAAAGAAAGACCUCGAAGGAAGUUCUUUCGCCGCCAAGCAUUAUCUAAAGAUGAUAUGGAAAAAUUACGUCAAGCUCUGAAAACGUUAUCCGAGGCCGAAAAGCAGCUGAGAGUGUCGAACGACAGACUAACCUGGCUUACUGCAGCAUUACUGCAACUCGCACCCGAUCAGCAGUAUCUGUUACCCAGUUCCUCUGCAGACACUAGUUUUAAUCAAACCCCCCUCGGGAUUCCCGGGACAAGCAAUGUUGGGCAUACUAAGAUGUCUCAAAGAGAAAGAGGAUUCUCGGCAGAAAACGUUCAAGCUGGAAGUUCUAGCAACAAUUACACUGGUACUAAGAAGAGAGGUAUCGUUGAUAGAAAUGGAGUUAUUCCUCAAAAGUCUCGCAGCAUUUCUAGUGAUCGGAAUAGAGUAAGUAGUGGACAAGGGCCCGGUAAAUUUCGAAACGAAAUUGAAGAUAUUUGGUUGAAUGUGCUCAAAAGGAUUCAGAUAACUAGCUUAAAGGAGUUCCUGUACCGGGAAGGAAAGCUGACCUCCGUUCGAUUUGGUGCAGCUCCAACAGUGCAUUUAGUUUUCAGUUCACACGUAACGAAGUCCAAGGCGGAGAAAUUUAGAGUACAUAUUUUACAAGCGUUUGAAUCCGUGAUUGGAUCCCCCGUGACAAUUGAAAUCCGAUGUGAAUCAAGCUCCAGUCUUGGCAAUGAUGAUGUCAAUAGAAGGCCCCGAAAAGAAAGAGAAGGCGCUUCGACAGAGUUUGACUCUACUAGAAUUAGUAAAAGCGAGAUCGUGGAAUUAGAAACUUCUCCUCCAAAAGAAGUCAAACACGAGGGGCAUAUUCACGAGACACGACUUGAUAGGCGGAGUUUUGGAAAUGAUUAUAUUGGAGAACCAUCCUCAACCGCUAAGAAUUCUAACGUACCAUCUGUAUCGGAUGUAAGGAAAUUGGGGAACGGAAACCCGAACCUGAGCCUGAUGAGACGCAAGGUAUCUCUCGCUCAUGUACUUCAACGGGCAGAAGGAUGUGCCCAGCAGAGUCGAUGGUCACAACGCAAGGCUGUUUCUAUCGCCGAAAAGCUUGAACAAGAGAAUCUGAGAUUGGAACCAAGAUCUAGAAGUUUGCUUUGCUGGAAGACUACAAGAGUAUCACGUCGAAAGCUUUCGCGCUCGAAAACAAGAAGUAGGAGACCGAAAGCUUUACUGAAGUUGGUCUCUUGCGGGAAGUGUCUCUCUGGUAGGUCUUCAAGUGCAAAAGAGAAGAACGUUGUUGAGAGAAAAUACUCUUUGUUCAAUCCCACUUUUGGUGGACAUUAAGGUAUGCAUAGAAUUCUCUGAAUCUGCUGGAAUAGUUUCUUCGAAUGUUUAUUUCAAUCCUAAAUGCUGCUUCUUUUAGUUAUUUAUAUCUGAACUCGAAAAUUACUUGAUACUGGACAGCAUUUGUUCAAGUUUACCAGUUUUCUUGCUUGUGUAAUUCACAUUUCUUGAUGGGAUCAAUUUGACACUGAAUAGAAUGAUCAAGUUGCAAAAUUAUGGAAUAAAAUUGGUUUUUGAUAUGGGAUAUUGUUUGUUAUAAACAUGAUGAAUUUUUUUUUUUUUCUUUCUUUCUUUUUUGCCUUGAUGUUUGCUACUUCACUGCGGUACUGAUCAGCACCGGUGUUUCUAUGUAUCUGGUAUUGUUGACACUUGUUCCCAUAAUAUUCGGUGUAAUAAGAUAUAUCAUGUUUGGUUGUA